CAGUGGAAAGAUCAUUUGUUUUUCAUUGUAGUCAAAACCCAGAAGAAUUAUCCACUAGCUACUGCUAUCACAGGAUGGAAACUGGGAAUUAAUACCUCUCAUGCUGACAUGGUUUAUAACAACACACCAGGAAUGAAAGGAAUAACAAUUCAUAUCACCUAAUCGGAUAUUGAAGCAUUUUUCUUGGAACCAGGCAUUGUGUAACAGAUUGUGGCUGGAUAUUAAGUGGAUUCCAGACUUCUUAGGGUAACUAUAGCUGAAGAACAGGAGCAAAAUGUUUUGAAAAGUUGCAGAAUGAAUUUGCACUCACUGAAGAAUUCAACCAGCAGAAACAUCUCACUCAGCUGAUUUCAUCAUGUUGAUCAACAAAGCCAAAGCUUGGAAAUGGAUCAAGGCUUUUGUUUAUUUGUCAGUGUGCAUCACCUCUGCUGUGGGUAAUGAGGAAGCAUCCCAAAAGUGUGCAGACUUCAACAACACAGCUUGGCUAGAAUACAGACAGGGCUCCAAACUCCAGGUACAGUACCUUCUUCUUACACGAAAGAAUGUAGACUGCGCCAGCCUCUUCACACAGGACUGCCUCAACCAUACCCAGAAACACACCGCUUACUUCAAUUCAUCACUCCCCACUAAAGUCAUUGUUCAUGGAUACAGGGCGCUGGGCAGUAAGCCUUCCUGGGUGAGUGGCUUAGCUCAGGCUCUACUGCGGGAAGAGGAUGUGAAUGUUCUGGUGGUGGACUGGGUCUAUGGAGCCUCGUUUGCUUAUAACCUGGUGGUAGAGAACUACAAAGAGGUGGCAGUGCAGAUAUCAGUGCUUAUCAAUCAGCUUACGAAAUAUGGAAGUAAGCUGGAAUCUUUUCAUUUCAUUGGUGUGAGUCUUGGAGCACACGUGUCUGGAUUCGUAGGGACCCUGUUUGAAGGCAAACUGGGUCGAAUUACAGGUCUGGACCCUGCAGGCCCAAUGUUCAAGAGUGCUGACCCGUUUGACCGUCUGGAUUCGUCUGAUGCUUUGUUCGUUGAGGCCAUACACACUGACUCUGACUACUUUGGUAUAUCCAUUCCCGUCGGGCAUGUGGACUUCUUUUUAAAUGGUGGAAUGGACCAAGCCGGUUGUGCACGCACAAAGUUUGCUUCAAUGUAUGGUUAUGUGAUUUGUGACCACAUGAGGGCACUACAUGUCUACAUGAGCGCCCUGAACAGCUCGUGUUGGCUUAUUGGUUUCCCCUGCUCCAGUUAUGAGGAAUUCCUGGCAGGAAAAUGCGUCACCUGCAAGGGCCCCUUCAAUGGCACAUGCCCACAAAUAGGCUUGUUAAAAAACAGUGGAAUAACAGCUAAUUCCCUGCCAAAUCAAGAGAAGGUGUAUCUCCUUACUACUGCUACGGCUCCUUAUUGUGCUCAUCACAUCCUAGUGGAAUUAAAGGUUUCCCCUUUAGACAAGACUGCUGAUGUUCAGCUUACUCUGAUCUCUGUUGGACACCCUGGCACUGAGCUGAAACUCAAACUAAAUACAGAUGAAGUGGUGCACAAAAAAGUGGCUGCACACCCAGAGCAACUGUGUAAAAUUGACUCAGUGCAGCUGAAAAACACAGGAGGACUAUUCUACAGACAAGGAGAUAUUCAUUUUGAGUAUAUCUGCAUCUCUGAAGUGCCUCAAACAAGAGGGCUGGAUCCAUUAUGUGUGAAGAACAUUAAUGUUGGGCGGGGAGUGCCAUGGUCACAUGACUUUGUACAGUUGUGCUAAAUUAAAAGAACAACACAAUCUACUUAAGAGAGCUUAUACAAGUAUUAAAUUAGUGAGACUCAAGCGAAGGUCACACACUAACACUAGGCUUGGGAGGCAUUAAAGCUUAGUGACAAAGAAAUAAAUAGGAUACAAGGGGACUGAAAUGCUUAAACUCUGUUAGAUAUAUUUAUUAAUAUGAUUUUUGUGCACUGUUCCAGAGAGUGUUAGUGAGAUAUCAGAAGAAUCAAAUCAGUCAUUUAACACUGAAUAGUUAGUUUAUGUAUUGUGUAUUGAAAGUACUGGUUUAUUUCCAAUAAUUACAAUAUUUGGAGUGGUGCAGAAUUCAAGGUACAUUUCAAUAUUUUGGCACUCUGAUUAGCAUCUCUAACUGCAUUAGUGCCGGGGUGAUAUAUAUCGAUUGAUACAUGAACAUCACGUCAGUAAAGCCAUUUCUUUGAUUAGCAAUAUGUGUCCAUCACCUAUCCUACACAGAACCGUAGAUCACUGACAAGCUACUCCAGUGAUUACUUGUCAAUGAUCUACGUACGGGUCUGGAGGUUUACCGCUAAUCAAAGAACUGGCUUACGAGAUGCGCAUUAUAUAUAUUGGCCAGCCCUAAACUGCAUACUACAUUGUUGAUAUUAAAAAUUCAAAUCUGUUAAUUUACAAUUUGUGAUGAACCUCAAGUCACAUUUUGAACCCAGCAACAGUUGGCCCCAUGAAAAUACAUUUUCAUCCUAUGGUCUGUGUACAGUCUCAAAUCAUGGUGCUGAUGCAUUUACUAACUUCCUAUUAUGAUAACGCACACACUUUUGUAAAAAAAAAAAAAAAAAAAAAAAAAAAAAACUA